UUGAGCCGUUAAGACAAAACGACGUCGUUUUGUCUUAACGGCUCAAUUAACACGAUUUCUUCCCCUAAAUCCCCAAUUCGAAAACUCAAUCCCUAACCCUAGAAAUCAAAAAUCCCCAAUUUCUCUCUGCAUCUUCUCUUGUUCGAUUGUCGGAACUAACGACUGCUGUAAUGACACGACCAAAGCAUGUAGCUUUCCGGAGUCCACGAAAGAAACCACCUGAUUCCGUCGAGCCUUCUGGUGAGAUGUCUGCUUCUGCUGAGCCACCUCGUGUUGUUGAAGACAAGAACAGAGGAAAGAAAGUAAAGACUAAAUCGAAGGUUAAAUCAAAGGUUGGAUCGAAACGGAAGAGGUCAGAAGUAGCUGCCAAAGAUAAAGCCGACGGUGGUGUUGAACCAGAAGCUAGUUCGAUUCGUCGUUCCAAGUCGCGUCGGGGUUCUGCUAGAGACGAAGACGACUCAGAUGGUGAGAGUUUGAGUGGAGAUGACUGUGAGGUUGGUGGUGAUGAAGAUUUGGAUGAGGUUCGAUAUCUUGACGAGCAGAAUGGUAACCGGGUAGGUCUAGAAGAAGAAGAGUGCCAUAAUUUUGAAGAACACUUUGGAGAAGCUGCAAGAGAUGAGGGCGAUGUUAGUGAUGCAGAUAGUGGGGACGAUAUCUGGGAUGAAGAUAGGAUUCCGGAUCCUUUCUCAGAUAGUGAUCACGAUGAAGAUGAAAUCGAAGAUGCAAAUGGGGAACAACAACCUGAAGAUCCCGAAGUAAUUCUGAAGUUGGGGAAAACAUAUAGUUCCCCAGAAGAGUUCAAGAUUGCUGUGUUAAGGUAUUCUCUCAAAACGCGAUAUGAUAUUAAGUUGUAUAAGUCUCAGAGUUUGAAGGUUGGUGCUAAGUGCUCUGAUACGGAUGUGAAGUGUGGUUGGAGAUGUUAUUGCUCAUAUGAUAAGAAGAAACACAAGAUGCAAAUAAAGGUGUAUGAGGACAAGCAUAGAUGUGUUAGAUCAGGUUACACGAAGAUGCUAAAGAGAGGAACAAUUGCGUGGUUGUUUUCUGAGAGGUUGAGAAAGAAUCCUAAGAUAACCAAAUAUGAGAUGGCAGCUGAGAUAAUGAGAGAGUAUAAUUUGACUGUCACUGAAGAACAAUGUUCGAAGGCAAAGACAAAGGUUAUGAGAGAAAGAAAAGCUAUUCAUGAGGAUCAUUUCUCCAAGAUUUGGGAUUAUCAAGCAGAGAUUUUCAGAAGCAAUCCGGAGACUAUAUUUGAGAUCGAGACGAUUCCAGGGCCAACCAUUGGUAGCUUGCAAAGGUUUAGUCGUCUCUUUAUUUGUUUCAAAUCACAAAGAGAGUCUUGGAAACAUACUUGUAGGCCUAUAUUAGGAUUAGAUGGUGCUUUUCUUAAAUGGGAUGUUAAAGGGCAUUUGUUAGCUGCAACUGGGAGAGAUGGGGAUAAUAGAAUAGUUCCAAUUGCUUGGGCUGUGGUAGAGAUAGAGAGUGAUGAUAAUUGGGACUGGUUUGUGAGAUUGCUUGCUGUCCAUUUGGAUCUUCAAGAUGGAAGAAACACAUCAGUCAUCUCAGACAAACAGUCGGGUUUAGUGAAAGCUAUCAAGAACAUCAUUCCAGCAGCUGAACAUCGUCAAUGUGCUAAACACAUCAUGGAGAACUGGAAGAAAAACAGUCAUGAUAUGGAGCUGCAACGUCUGUUCUGGAAGAUUGCAAGGAGCUACACCACAGGAGAAUAUGCAGCUAAUAUGGAGGCAUUGAAGGCUUACAAUCCAGGUGCAGCUGCUUCUCUGCUGACCACAAAACCAAUGGAAUGGUCUAGAGCAUUCUUUAGAAUAGGAAGCUGCUGCAAUGAUAACUUGAACAACCUCAGUGAGUCCUUCAAUAGGACAAUCCGACAAGCAAGGAGGAAACCUCUACUGGAUAUGCUAGAAGACAUUAGGCGACAGUGUAUGGUACGCAAUGAGAAGAGGUUUGUUAUUGCUGGGAGGCAGAAAACUAGGUUCACGAAGAGGGCACAUGCUGAAAUAGAGAAGAUGAUUGCAGGGGCCCAAUUUUGUGAAAGAAGCAUGGCCAGACAUAAUAAACAUGAGAUAUCACAUUUUGGUACCAACUAUUCUGUGGAUAUGAAUGCCAAUACAUGUGGUUGCAGGAAAUGGCAAAUGACAGGUAUACCUUGUGUUCAUGCUGCCUCUGUUAUUAUUGGAAAGAAACAAAAAGUGGAAGACUAUGUGGAAGAUUGGUACACGACAAGGAUGUGGCAGCUAACUUACAAUGAUGGUAUUCAGCCAGUCCAAGGGAAGUUAUUGUGGCCUAGAGUGAAUAGGUUAGGUGUCUUGCCACCACCAUGGAGAAAAGGUAAUCCUGGGAGACCAAGCAACUAUGCUAGGAGAAAAAGCAGAUAUGAAAAAACCUCUUCAUCAACAAGAUUAUCACGCCUGAACCGCAUCAUCACGUGUUCAAAUUGUAAGGAAGAAGGCCAUAACAAGGCAUCGUGUACAAAACAGAUGGCUGAGGAUGCGCCAAAAAGACCAAGGGGCAGACCAAGGAAAUUUCAGGAACCAAGGAAUGCUUUAUUUGGACAAGGCUCUCCACAAGUUUUUUCACAAGGAGAAGGAUCACAAGGAUCACAAGGAUCACAACCACGAGGAUCACAAGGAUCACAAGGAUCACAACCACGAGUUUCACAACUAGUACAACAAGGACCACAAGGCUGGAGAUCAUGGUUUGAAUGUUCAAGCUAGAACAUGGAUUGGUAUGGUAUUUGGUUUGAAUGUUCAAGCUAGAUCAUGGUUUGAAUGUACGCAAGCUAAGCACUAGAAACUCUCUUCUUUUUUCUUUUUUUGCUCCGAUCAAGAACAUGUAUUGGUAUUUGGUAUUCGGAUUUGCUUGUCUCUUUUGUAAUUUGAUAUUGGUUUGGCUUGUUUCAAAACAUGUUAUUCGUCUACUUUCAAUCAAUAUUGAUGGUUUUUAUGAUCAUUAUGAGUAUAUGAUUCAAUACCAAA